AUGGCGCAAGCGGCGGAUCCGCGGGCGUGCGGCGGAAGCGAGUCGAGUGACGAGGAGGGGGAAGGCGCGGGGGGAUUAAUGGGGCCUCUGGGGAGGAUAGGCCUGGGGGACGAGGGGGAGGACGAGAGCUCCGCGGAAGAUGGAGAGGAUUCGCGGGGCGCGAAGGCCGCGGAAGGCGCGGAGGGCUCGAAGGAGGGACGCGGGCGGCGGAACGCGAGGGGCGGCGGAGCGGGCGUGGGCCCUGUCGCGCCUCCGCCGAGCGCCUUGCGCGACGGCGGCGGGGAUGGGCGGCGGAGGGGGGGGGAGAUGGCGGUAGGCAGGGAGAGGGUUCACGGGGAGGCGCUGUCAGGGCGCGGGGAGGAAGGAAGGGAGAACGGAGACGGGAGCGGGGAGGAGGAACGGGGAGGAGGGGAUGGGGAGGGGGAAGGGGGAAUGCGCGGAGGUCCCCCCUCUCCUCGUGCGCCAGGUCCCCCUUCCCAGGGUUUCUCCUUCCACCUGACUCGCACUGCAUGCCCCUCUUCCCUUCGCUACCUUUUCUUUCCGUCUCUUCCCCUGCCUUCCCUCCCUCUCCCCUGCAGCUCUUUCCCCCCUCUCCUCGUGUGCCAGGUGCCCUCCCAAGAGCUCUCCUUCCAGCUCUGUUUUUCUGCUGCGUACCCCUCGUCCUUUCUCAACUUCCCAUCCUUCCUCUUCUGUUCCCUUUGCCCUUUCCCCUGCAGCUCUAUCCCCCCUCUCCUCGUGCGCCAGGUGCCCUCCCAAGGCCUCUCCUUCCAGCUCUGGCCUGCUGCUGAAGCGCUCUGCCACUUCCUGGAAGCUUCCUUCGGACCCUGCGCUAAUACAGAGACAGGGACAGAGGAGCCUCACUUACAGGAGGGGGAGGGGGAGAAGCAGCAGAGUGAACAAAACGCAGGUAGCAAGAAAGGCCGCUAUCAGCAGCACAAGCACGAUCAGCGGACCAACACAGAACCCAAGUUCCUUUCACCGCUGCUGCAGCAGAUUCAGAAGCAGAGGCAGGAAAAUCAGGGAGAGUGCAGUCUGCAGGGGUUGAGAGUGGUGGAGCUGGGUGCAGGGACGGGUCUGGCUGGUAUGAUGGCAGCAGUACUAGGAGCGAAGCAAGUGGUUCUUACAGACCUACCCCAUGUGCUGCCGAACCUGCAGAAAAACGUGCAGCUCAAUGCAGGUUCGUUUGAGUCGAAGCAAAUGGCACGGCAGCUGAAUGUUCCGGACCUACCUCAUGUGCUGCCAAACCUGCAGGGGAAUGUGCAGGGGAACAAGGAGGUGAACUUAGGUGGAGGGAGUGCUAGUGAUGCGGGUGAUGUGGAUAGUGGGGCUCUGGAAUAUGGUGAGGUGCAGGGAGAAAGGGUGGAUGUGCGGGUGUUGCGAUGGGGCGAGCCAGAGGACAUAGCAGUGCUUGAGAAGGAGUACAGGAGGACGGGCCAACGGUGCACCGAACCGUUGCCAGGUUCGGAUGGGCUGGAUACUAAUGUGCCGAACCUGGAGGUGCGGGAUUCGGAGCGGUGUGAAGGUUUAUGA